AUGAUUUUAGACAAAUUGGCCGAAGUUCGUGAACGUAAUUUUAAUUCAAUAAAAGUGCUGUUUGCAGUUUCUUAUGGAUUAGGCGUUAAUUUGACCGCACCCAGUAAAUUCAAAGAAUCGUUGAGAAUCGUUAAUGUGAUUUUGGUGGUGAGUAGCACGCUGUCCUUGUACGCCCAUUGGUGCUACCUCCAGAGAAAUUUCGAUAGCAUUCCUCUCUUAGCUGAGACUGUUUGCACUGCUUUGCAGACUCUCAUUUCGCUCUUCAAAAUGGUGUACUAUCUGUUAAGGCAACGAACCUUUUACCGUCUACUGGACCAGGUUUUAACCCACGACCUAAUACAUAAAAUAGAAAUAUUUCAACACGAUUUCCCCGUAAAAUACCAAUUGAAGCAAGAGAUCGAUAAUAUAAUGACUGACAUUUGGCGCACCACUCGUCGGCAAAUAUUGUUUUAUUUCUCUUGUUGUCUGGCGAUUGUGUGCAACUACUUUUUUGCUGCAUUAUUUGUAAAUCUCUACCAUCAGCUAAAGCAAACACCUAACUACAAACAUAUUCUACCCUUUCCUGCUUUAUAUACGUUCUGGGAAGACAAGGGCAUGACAUUCCCCUACUAUCACUCGGAAAUGUUCUUGAGCGGCAGCGCUGUGUAUAUUGCUGGAAUGUGUGCCGUAAGUUUUGAUGGUGUCUUCAUAGUAUUAUCCCAGCAUGCUGUCGGAUUGAUAAAGGUUCUCAACUUGCUAGUGUUACGAUCCACUUCACCGCUGAUACCUGUCGAAAGGCGUAUUGAAUAUCUACGAUAUACCAUUAUUACGUACCAGCGAACAGCAAUCUACGUGCAGCAAAUUCAAACAAUUUUUAAGCAAAUUAGUCUAUCCCAAUUCGUAUUUAGCUUGAUCAUAUAUGGCUUCGUUCUAUUCGAAUUGAGUUUUGGUUUAGAAUCAAGCAUAACAAUCUUCAUCCGAAUGAUAAUGUACAUUGCGGCCGGUGGAACCCAAAUUGUUAUAUAUUGUUACAAUGGCCAGCAGCUAACUACAGUGAGCGAGCAAAUUCCGUUUUCAUUUUACACGUCUAAAUGGUACGAAGAAUCGGAAAAGUUUAAACAACUUAUUCGUAUGAUGAUUUUGCGAACUCAUCGUAACUUCCACUUGGAGGUUUCAUGGUUUACAUUGAUGAAUUUGGCCACUUUAAUUGCUCUAUUCAGGAUGAGCGGUUCGUACUUUUUGUUAUUGCGCAACCUUCAAGAAAAAUAAACGCGG